CCUGUUUUUUUUUCGGACUAUAAUGCGGUUUGGUUGCCAUUGCGCUGCAACCAAAGUUAAAGGCACCAAGACGGCAUCGCCAACGGCAACCACAAGGACAACGCCCCGCAUUAGGCAACGGCUUCAGCGCAUUGCGCGGCAGGACAAUGCGGAUAUGUGGUCCAAUCUGCUGUUGCCACUGCUGCUGCUUCACUUUGUUCAUCUGCAUGCCACACUGGCCAUGGCCACGGCCAGCGGCGGCUUGACUGUCAUCGAAGGCGCCAGCACCACCAGCAGCACCACCACCACCACCACAACCGGCAGCAGCAGCAGCAGGAGCAGUCACAGCACCACCACCACCACCACCAGCAGUAGCAGCAACGACAAUAACAACAACAACAACAGUGGCAGCAACAACAGCGGCAGCAACAAUAGCCGCAGCACCACCCACACGACCCACACCACAGCCACCGGCAGCGUCAACAUUCACAUGGCCCUCGCCACAGCGCCCGUUGUGCCCGCUUCCAGCCAAAGGAAGCGGCAUCGCAAGCGGAACAGCAGCUGGUACGAUUAUCGCAACUACAACGAGAAUACGACGGCUCCUGAGUGGAUCAAUCCCUGCGGCGGCUCCUACCACACACCCUCGGCCACAGAGCGCAACCGCGCCCAGCGGCCCAAGCAGAUCUUCAAUCAAUUGAAGCGCGCCGCCGGCACGGAGUACCAUGAGCUGAACAGCACCGAGGAUCACAGUGGCAUCGACAUCAGAGACAUGCACAUGUGGUCGCUGCACAAAUACAAUUACAAAUUUCUGCCCAAGCUGAAGCCAAACUCAACGAUCGCCCUCAAGCGCUGGUACCGCAACAUGCAAACCUAUGUGGCUAGCUUCGCCUAUUUGCGCCGCGUCCAGAUCAACUGGGACCGGCAGUACCUGAAGCGGGAGUCGAACGUGGCCAAGGAGCUGAAGAAGCUGUUGCUCAGCUCGCGCAGCAUGCUCUGCGAGCUGGAGACAGCCGUGAAUCGCACCUAUCCGCCGCUGGCUCCGGGCCGUGCCGGCGCCGCUGCCGCCAAGCAGCGACGCCAGAAGCACGUCUCGCGCCACGACAUGAACAAGCGGCUGAAGCUGCGCAGCAAAACUCGCACCGGUGCCUGGGCGCUGGCUGCGGUGGCGGCUGCGGCUGCGGCGGAGACAACCACCGAAACGGCAGCAGCGGCCGCUGCAGCGGCGGCCAUUGGCGAGGCCGACGCCAUGGACAUGCGAUUCGUGAAGCAUCAUUACUAUGAGUUUCUGCGCACCAUGUGGCAGCUGAUGCGGCGCCACAGCAAACGGGAGCGCGAGCAGCAGAAGCCGCUGGAGCAGCGCCAACGACAGCGCCCGCACCACCACCACCACCACCACCAUCAACACCACCAACAGCAACACCAGCAGCAGCAGCAGCAGCAGCAGCAGAAAAGGCAGCAGCAGCAACAGCUGCAG